GUAUAAUAACAAAAUAAAACAAAAAUGCUGAGUACUCAUUUGUUUUGACUAAUAUUCUUGUAUUUAUGGACUGCUGACUAUAUGCUGACUUUUUAUCAAGGUAGAUGAAGUUAUGUUGUUUCAAAUAUUUGAAAAAGAAGUAAUCCAGUAGUUUUUUUAAGAACUAUAAUUUGGUACAUUAUGUCAACUUGCAUAUCUAAUGAUUCAAAUUCAGUAAAUGGUAUUCCUGUAUCGCAAGUGAAUUAUUUUUGUACUUAUUGUCAAGAUGAAAUCUCAAGUUUUCCAUGUCAAUCAAAUACUGCUUAUAACUCAAUAAUUAUUUUUGUGCAUUGUGCUAUUUGUGAAGAUUUUUUUCUUUGUUUAAUGUGUUUUUCCAGUGGAGCUGAAAUUGGCUUCCAUAAAAAUUACCAUGAUUAUAAAUUAGUUACAAUUUUUCAAUCAAGUACUUUUUCAACAAAACUUUUGGAUGCUUUAGAAGAAUGGAUUUCUGAAGACAAUGAAAAAUAUUUAGGAUCAAAAACACUCAUAAAUAGCUGGGAAAAUGUUGCUAGUAUAGUUGGAUCUGAAAAUCCUGAAGAUGUGAAAAAAGAAUAUUACAAUAAUUUUGUUGACGGAUAUUUUGGUCAAAAUGUUAUUAAACUAGUUAAUAAACAUACAGGAUAUCCUCAAAUUGUAACAUUAGAUCAAGCCAUAGCAAUGGGUUGUUUAGAAAAUUGUCCUAUUUAUUUUCCAACACGUAAAUACUUAAAAAUUCCAGCAGAUAGAGAAAAAGUAGAAGAUUAUGAAAUUAUAGAAGAAAAUAUUAGAUUUAAUCGAUAUAAUAAUCAGGAUCUGUUAUUACAAAAUAAGAAUAUAUUAGAUAGUUACCAAUUACAAUUAUUAUUACAAUGUGUUGGAGAAUUUGGUUAUGGAAAUUGGGAAGAUAUAUGUAAACUGUAUAAUUCAAUUGUACACAUGGAAUAUCCAAGAGGAAAACGCACAUAUCUAUCAGCAAUAAAAAUUAAAGAAGAAUAUGUACUUCGUUUUAUUCAAAAUCCUAUUUUACGUGGAACUUGGUUACCAUCUUCUAUUUUAAGACCUCAAAUACCUGAUCGAACAAAACGUAUUGAAGGACCUAGAUGUGAAUAUGAAAAUAUUUUAAAAAAACAACUUCCUAUUGAAGAUUUGGAUAUUUUUUUUUAUCCACCCCCAUUAGAUGAUGUAGAUGAAUAUAAAUGUACAGUUGAAGAACCAAAAAUUGACGCAAAUGAAUCAGCUGAAUCUAAAAAGAAAUGUUUAGUUUGUACUUACUGUCAAGAUGAAUUUGAAGUUAUUGGUUAUAGAACGGACAGCCAUAAAUUUUCAAAUUACAAAUUAAUUACUGUAUAUACCUGUUGCUCAAAUAAACAGACUUGUGAAAAUUUUUAUUUAUGUCUAGUGUGUUUUGCAAGUGGAGCUGAAAUUGGAAAACAUAAAAAUAGUCAUGGUUAUACUUUGAUAACUGAAGUGAAAACUUAUUCUAGUGAAGUUUAUUUUCAAGGGUCCAAUUGGACUGCUAUAGAAGAGUUAGCAUUUUUAUAUGCUUUAGAAGAAUGGUUAUGUGAUCACUCUGAUAAAUACAUAGACCCAUUAAAUUCUGAAAAUUGUAUUACAGAUUGGGAUUCUGUUGCACAACAUAUUAGAUCAAAAAGUGUGAAUGAAGCAAAAACAGAAUUUGAAAAUUUUAUUUUAAAUUCAAGAAUUUGGCAACUAUUUAACAUAUAUGCCCAUGUUGAACCUUUAAUCACAUAUGAAGAUGCAGUUGAAAUGGGAUGUUUCAAAACUUCUAAUAAAAUUUCUAGUAUAAUAACCGACACAGGAGAAGGAAUAAUAGAAAAUGAAAAAAAUACGUGGAAUAAAUCAGAUUUAGAGUUAUUAUUAGAUUAUACGGCUAUAUAUGGUUAUGGUAAUUGGGAAAAAAUUUCAGAAGAAUUCAAUAAAACUAAUUUUUACGAACAUUUUGGAAAAGUUAAUUGUUUUAUCAUAAGAACUCCUGAAGAAAUAAAAAAAGAGUAUUUACUUCGAUUCUUUGAUGAUCCAAUUAGACGAGGAACUUGGAAACCACUAUCAAAUAAGCCUAUCAUUUUAGAUCGUACAUGGUCUUUCAAACAACCUGUUAAAAUGAAAUAUCCUGUAAUAGAUUAUAAUUUAUUCGCCCAUACUAGUUAUAAUAAUGUUGCUGAUGAAUUUGAAUAUCCUUAUAUGAAUAUAGCUGAAUCUUCUUUGGACCAUGUGGAAGAUUUUGAAAAUAAUUUAGAAUGUUUUCAUUCAAAACUUUCUAUGGAAAAAUAUAACGGAACUAUCAAAGAUAUGAUGGAUACUAAAAAUACCUUUGAAUCAAAAGAUCCAUGUACAAGUACCAUGCUCAAUAUUAAAAAAAUUAAAGCAUUAAUUGCUCUAGAACGAUAUAAUGAUGUUUUGUGGAAUCGAAGAAUAGCUAAAAAAUGUGUUCAUAACUAUAGAUUAAUUGAACAUUUUGCAAUGUACAAAAAUAAAGAAUUACCAAAAAUAAAACCAUUCUCUGAACAAACAUUAGUGGAGCGUUUAGUAAAAAUGUCAAGAUUUAUGAAUAUUGACGUUCAUAGGGCCUUGAUUGAAGGAUUAAAGAAUGAAAAACUGCUGAGACUGAGAUUAAAUGAAUUAAAAUAUUACAAAAAAUUAGGUUUAACAAAAUUAUCUGAUAUCAAUAAAUUAAAUAAAUUACAAAAACGUAAACGUCAAAAGAAACGGUCAGUGCAUCUUCAUACUGAAGAUAAGUCGGAUCAUAAAUGUCAAGUAUUAAAUGAACUUCUUAUACCAUCAGGAUCUAAUGAAAAUGGUUAUGUUCAAAAUACAACUUAAACUCAAACUAUUAUUUGAA